CUGGGAGCACGACGGCACAGGAGGCGGGACAGGCGCCGCCAAGCUGUACCACCACCACCACCACCUGCCCGCCUGCACCCGGCGCAUGGCCCCGAGGAGGCGCCGCCAGGCACCAGUGCAGCCGUACCACCACCACCACCACCACCACCACCUGCCCGCCCGCACCCAACACAUGGCCAGGAGGAGGCGCCGCCAGGCCCCAUAUCAUCCGUACCACCACCAACACCACCACCACCACCACCACCACCUGCCUGCCCGCACCCAACACAUGGCCAGGAGGAGGCGCCGCCAGGCCCCAUAUCGUCCGCAGCACGUGCCCCACCCACCCAGGAGCCCCCACCUGACCAGCAGAGCUCCGGAAGUGAUCGCCUCGUAAUUGAUACGGAGGAGGAGGAAAUGGGGGAGCCCUCAGGCCAGCCUGAUGUCACUUACGUGGAGUCGGGGGAGGAGGAGGAGGAGCCACAGUAUAUAAUUAUUGACAGUGACGAGGAGGAAGAGGAGGAGGAGAAGCCCUCUCCCCAACUUGGCUCUACACUGUCACAGGCCGUGGUGGAGGAGGAGGAGGAGGAGGACCAGCACCCUCUGUUACCCACCACACUGCACCCAUCAAGGCGAGCACAACGGCACGCUGCAGAUGCUGCUGGGAGCCCACACCAGUCCCCUUCUCAGGCCCCCUCCCCUUCUGUUGCCCCAUCCCCCUCUACUUCCCACGCCCCUUCUCAGGCCCCCUUCUCUUCUGUUGCCCCAUCCCCCUCUUCCCACGCCCCUUCUCAGGCCCCCUCCCCUUCUGUUGCCCCAUCCCCCUAUUCUUCCCACGCCCAUUCUCAGGCCCCCUCCCCUUUUGUUGUCCUCUCCCCCUCUUCUUCCCACGUCCAUUCUCAGGCCCCUCCCCCUCUCCGGCCCACACCCCCUCUCCGGCCACCUCACCCUCUCCGGCCACCUCACCCUCUCCGGCCCAAUCCCACUCUCUUUCCCAAUCCCCCUCUCCGGCUCAAUCCCACUCUCUUUCCCAAUCCCCCUCUCCGGCCCAAUCCCACUCUCUUUCCCAAUCCCCCUCUCCCGACCAAUCACCCUCUCCGGACCAAUACACCUAUCUUUGACAAUUCCCCUCUCUGCCCCCCUCCCCCUCUGUGUCCCAAAAAUCCUCUCCACCACCCUCACCCUAUCAUUCUCAAACCCCCUCUGUAAGGUCCUCCCCUUUCCAUUCUCUUACAGAAAUAGACCCUCCUUCCCCCAUCCUGCCUCCUUCCCCCAUCCAGCCCACAUCCCCCAUCCAGCCAACAACACCAAUCCAGUGUACAUCCCCCAGCCAGCCACCUUCGCCACCAUCCGAAUGGGCAGCAGAGGCCCUGGAGCCACUUGAGGGAGGUGGGCAAGUGGCAGAGGAGAAUGUUGCGGUUGGAGAUCCCACAAGUUUGGGCGAAAUUCUGGGCAGCAUGCGCCAGCAACUACAAAAUUUACUGGCAACUGUAGAU